GGGAGGGGGCUGCACCGGCAAGGGCGGCGGCCCGCGGGAGGGAGCCCGGCGGACAGGUGGGCAGGCGGGCAGGGACGGCUCCGCGGCCCCUUUAGAACGCGUUCCCUUCCCUUCGUAGGACAGUGGCUGGCGGCGCGAUGGACCUGGCCGGGCUCCUGCUGGACGAAGAAGGCACCUUCUCCCUUACCGGCUUCCAGGACUUCACGUUCCUCCCAGGACACCAGAAGCUGAGUGCCCGGAUCCGAAGGAGACUCUACUAUGGCUGGGACUGGGAAACCGACUGUGCCCUGGAGGAGCUCUCCAGCCCCGUGGCAGAUAUUGCUGUGGAACUCCUGCAGAAUGCAGCCCCCAGUCCUAUUCGCCGGCUCCAGAAGAAAUAUGUAGCCCACGUGUCCCGAGAGGCUUGCAUCUCUCCGUGUGCUAUGAUGCUGGCUCUGGUAUACAUUGAGCGGCUCCGGCAUAGAAACCCGGACUACCUACAGCAUGUGUCAUCCUCUGACUUGUUCCUGAUCUCCAUGAUGGUGGCCAGUAAGUACCUCUAUGACGAAGGGGAGGAGGAAGAGGUCUUCAAUGAUGAAUGGGGAGCUGCUGGGGGUGUGGCCGUGCCCACUCUCAAUGCCCUAGAGAGGGGCUUCCUGAGUGCCAUGGAUUGGCGGCUCUACACUGAUCCUCGGGAAAUCUUUGAGGUGCUGAGCUGGCUGGAGGGCUGCGUGGCUGAGCAGCAGGGGCGCCGGCGGGGCUGGUACACCUACACAGACCUGUGUGUGCUGCUGGAGCAACCUGCCUGGCAACUGGCGCUGGGCUCCCUCUGCCAGCGGCUGGCAAAGCUGUCCUGCCUGUUGGCUAUGGCAUAUGUGAGCAGCGUGGCCCUCGCUGUGGCAUCGAUGGCCGUAAUACACCAGUCCUUAGGGCUGUCCUGCAGCCCCCCGCCUGGCCCUCCAGACCUUGGACUGGCCUCCAGGUGCCUUUUGGAACCCUGCAUACCUUCUCCCAUGGCACAGUGCCUGCCAUCUCCUGCUAACAUCUCCGGCUGCCAGGAAGGCGAUGUAGUGUUGCGUUCACUGUGGGGCAGUCUGCUAGCCUCACUGACUCCCCCACCGUUGCCUCCUCCAGAUCCUCCUGCACCUCCCACUCUUCUUCCCAACUGCCCCCUUUGCCAGAAGCUCCAGAAGGACUCCCCAACCUGCCGUGCCUGCCACCACCUCAACCAUACUGUCCCCACGGGGCCCCCCAGUCCUUGGUCCCACUCCCACGGCCUGGCUCCCCCCUGGCCUUGGAGCCCAAUGCCUCCUCUGCUCCCACAGCCCCAGCAAUGUUCCGUUUUCAGCAUCAUGGAACUGGCCCGCCUGAAGUCUUUCAUUUUCCCAGGCUAGGUAUGGUUCUGAGGAAUGCGUUAAGAGGAUUUGGGAGUCCCUGAGAGCCUGGAGGGGCAAAGCUUGAUCUGGGUCCUUGGCUGGUCUCCUGUCCUCCUGGGUGAUGGAGCUUAAGGGGGUUGUGUGGCAGAAGGACUGAAGGUCACUUGCUCUUCUGUCCCUCAGGGGCUGACUGCCUGGCCAGGGCAGUGGUGAUUCCAGGGAAAGCCUCAGCUCAGUGACCAGGGGCAUGUCACAGGUGGACAGGGGCAAGGCUCCUGCCUCUCCUGUCCCCUGGGCUCUUCUAGACUUUUGCUUUUGAGUUUCCUAGGAUUGGACGAGGGAGGGAGGAAACAUUGACCAGGGUCUGUUUGAUGUCCUUGAGGUAGGAGAGGCGGGGACUGACAGGGCCACCCAUGGUAGGAGUUGCUGAGGGAAGGCGGGAGGCGGGGAACCUCCCACACUCAUGCCAAGUCUAGAAGAACCAGGGCCUGCUGGGACCUUCACCCCGGCCCUUUUGUCUUCCAACAUUCUCUUCUUAGUCCCCUGCUCCUGGGCUUUCCUCUCUUCCGGUUCCUCUCCUGGGUGUUCUCUUCACGGGCCUCUCCGGCCACUGCUUUAUAUCUGGAUUUUUCACGCUUUUGUAGAACUAAGGUUUCAAUAAACAGUUUUAGUUGCAUGGCCUGGACUCUUCCUUCUGCAGCAGCCCUCAAAGAACUCUCCUGCCCAGAUCUUCCUUCUCAGCCUCCCUACUCCCUGAUCCUAUCAUCCUGCUGCUCAUUCUCUCUGAGUCCCAUUCCAGAACGUCCUUCUUGUUUGAUGGUCAUAGGUUCUCAUAUCAAGCUGCUCCCUCGUUCCUGCUCCCAGCACCCUGGGGCCCCUAACACUCCUUGACUCUGGUGCAGUGGGGCAUAGAUGGUGACUGUGCCGUGCCUAGGGGUAGCCCUGUUUGUCACAAGUUCUGAGUGAGCACCAUCUUUGUGGAUCCCAAGGCCAUCUCAUGGAGAGCGUAUCCAGCAGAGCCCCGUGAACUCCUUGAGGGCAAGCCCAAGGACACUUUGUCUCCUGACUUCCUUUCUGAGCUGACAAAUGGUGGUAAUUACCACAAAGGCUUCCGUGGUGGCUUAGCAGGUAAAGAAUCUGCCUGCAAUGUAGGAGACCCUGGUUCAAUCCCUGUAUUGGGAGGAUACCCUGGAGAAGGAAAUGACAACCCACUCCAGUAUUCUUGCCUGGGAAAUCCCAUGGGCAGAGAAGCCUGGUGGGCUACAGUCCAUGGGGUCACAAGAGUCAGACACAAUUUAGUGACAACCACCACCAAAGAGAAGACCAAGGCUGGGUUAUCACUGGAAGAAGAGCAGCCAGCUGAACCGUGAUGAUUUGGUACCACAGAGGAAGAUACACAGUAGGGGUGGUACGGCCACCUAGGGGGCAUCUUGGAACUAUAUGGGGCAUUUUUUGGUUGACAAAAAUUAGAAGAUAUGGGACUUACUGGCACUUAGUCAGCUUAUAUAGGAAGCUACACGUCCAGAAAGGCUUGAGAAUUCCCUUCUUAUGAAGAAUUCCCGAGGCAACUUUUGAAUGACUGGUGGACAUCAUGUAUGACUGUUUAUCUGAGCCUGGAAGUACUUAUUUUCUCUAAGCAUGUAAACAGAAUAGAUUUUGCCCAUUUGGAAAGAGUCUGUUUCCCAGGAAUGCAUCUCUGUGUACAUUAAAUCUACGCUUUGUUCAGCACUUUAUGAAGAACCUGUUCACUGUUUUGGAACAUCGGGUCACGAAUGGCAGCACUGCCGGUGGUACACAUGUCAUCAG